ACUUGCAGACAGACAAUUAGACAGAAAAGAUAGACAGACGGACAGAUUUUAGAAAUACCCAGGGAGUCAAAUCUGAGCUUCCCUGGUUUCUUGGAGUCUUCCGUGGGCUUGUAUGCAUGGUGAGUUUUCUCGGCCCUUAACCUGACAGGUGGUUAUGCCGAGUCUCCAACCUCACCUCCAUGUUGCCACGGGAAAAUGGAAAUCAAUGGUUACCCACCUUUUGGAGGGAGCUUUAAGAACUAUGGGCAACAAUCAUUAAAUAAGGCCAAUGUAUUAAUGAUGAAUUAUUUGUAUUGCUAUUAUAAAACAGUCAGCCAAGCUGUAGCUGCAUCUGGUGAAAGGCAUCAGUACAGUUCUCUAUUUCCCUGCGUACCCCACUUUUUGCAGGUUCAAAGUCUCCUGAGCACAUAAACCUGGGGGCUGGGAAAUGCCCUUUUUUUAUUAGCAAUAAAACUCUGUCUUUUGCUACUGAUUAUCCACAGAAUUAUGGAUCCAUAAUCAUUCACGUCACAGUCCGAGGGAGCCAGCGCUGAAACAGGAUAAUAGCCUUUAAAUCCCCUUCUCUAAGCACUCAGAUCUUCCCUGUCAGCAAGAUUAAAGCGGUCAACAGCAGUCCCCAUGUGUCUGUAUCCCAGCCUGAGCUUUGACAACAACUGGAGGUGGUGGCUGGACGGGAGAGAAAUGUGAAACUGCAGCUGUGCUUGAUGCUCCAGCGGGAAAGAAAGAAACAUUUAUUUGUCUCCUUGGUGGUAGUGGAAACUGGUAUUAGUUCCUCAGUCAGGUGGCGGCAAAGGAAGGAGGAGGAGGAGGAGAAGGAGGAGAGAAAAGCAUCAUGCUGAAGUUUACUCAAAGGAGACUAUUCCCAUUCUCAGACUGUAAAAUAAGGAAAGGAGCUGCUACAAAUAUUGUUCCCCCAGAAACGAAUGCAGGAGAGGUGAAAGUAAGAAUGAGCUUAGAGGCAAAGAGUGGGGUUUCUGCCACUUCUCCAUGGGCCUCGCAGUCUAUGCUGUCUGUGGGAACUGAGGGGAAUUACCACUAUUAUGUGGAGGAGGAGGAAGAAGAGGAGGAGGAAGAUGAAAGGCAGCUGCAAAAUACAGAAGCCUCUCCGGAAGGAAGCAAGCUCUCUUCACCAUUCCUCAGCCCCCCUACCUUCUCCUCCAGAACGGCAGCUUCUGCUUCAUCGAUGCUGAACAUAAAUGUAGGUGGAAAAAGUUAGAGCCUCACCUACCAGGCGGUGGCUAUCUAUCCCAAGACCCGCCUGGGCCGCUUGGCCACGUCCACCGAUCGCCGUUGCCAGCUGGGGCUGUGUGAUGACUACGCGGUCCAGGGGGAUGAGUACUUCUUUGAUCGGGACCCCGCUGUCUUCCAGUUGGUCUACAACUUCUAUGCCUCGGGGGUGCUGCGGGUGCGAGACGAGCAGUGCCCACUCAGCUUCCUGGAGGAAUUGAGCUACUGGGGGGUGCGGCUCAAGUACACACCGCGCUGCUGCCGCAUCUGCUUUGAGGAGCGGCGGGACGAGCUGAGCGAGCAGCUGAAGGUGCAGCGGGAGCUGCGUGCCCAGGCGGAGUCCCAGGAGAACGAGCAGCUCUUCCACCACAUGCGCUACUACGGCCCCCAGCGCUGGCGCCUCUGGAACCUCAUGGAGAAGCCCUUCUCCUCUGUCAGCGCCAAGGCGAUGGGGGUGGCUUCUAGCCUCUUCGUGCUAGUCUCGGUGGUGGCACUGGCUCUCAACACUGUGGAGGAGCUGCAGCAGGUGGACCGGAAAAGCGGAGAGAGUCGCCCCAUGCUGGAGCACGUGGAGACACUCUGCAUCGCCUUCUUCACCCUGGAGUAUCUGCUGCGGCUGGUCUCCACCCCAGACCUGCGCCGCUUCGCGAGCAGCCCCCUCAAUGCCGUGGAUCUCAUUGCCAUCCUCCCCCUUUACCUCCAGCUGCUGCUGGAGAGCUUUGCCAACGAGGACCAGCCCCGGGGCCGAGGCUCUCAGCACGAGCAUGACAUUGAGAAGGUGGGACGGGUGAGCAAGGUGGGACAAGUGCUGCGCAUCAUGCGCCUGAUGAGGAUCUUCCGCAUCCUCAAGCUGGCCCGCCACUCUACCGGCCUACGCGCCUUUGGCUUUACCCUGCGUCAGUGCUACCAACAGGUGGGCUGCCUCUUGCUCUUCAUUGCCAUGGGCAUCUUCGCCUUCUCCGCCAUGGUCUACUCGGUGGAGCACGACGUCUCCAGCAACAACUUCACCAGCAUCCCCCAUGCGUGGUGGUGGGCUGCUGUCAGCAUCUCUACAGUGGGAUAUGGUGACAUGUGUCCAGAAACACACCUCGGGCGCUUGUUUGCUUUCCUCUGCAUUGCAUUUGGAAUCAUUCUCAACGGUAUGCCAAUCUCCAUACUCUACAACAAGUUCUCAGACUAUUACAGCAAACUGAAGGCCUAUGAAUAUACGGCUGUACGGAAGGAAAGAGGCAAGAUUGACUUUACACGAAGAGCCAGGAAGAAAAUGUCCGAGUGUUGCGGCGAAGGCCCAACUCAUUAUUUACCAAGGCCUAGAUACAAUUAAUUCGCCAGAAAUUACAACUGGACAGAGGAGCAGCAGGGGAAAGCAGAGAACAUGCCGUUACUAUAGAUCACCCAAAGAAAGCUAAAAUAACAACUCUAAAUUGGGCACAAGAAAAUACGGAAGGCAAAUCGCAAAAAUGACAGACCUAUUUUAUGACCAUUUUUUCUCAGCUUCCUUUUAUUGGUGUCAAUUACUACAGCAGCAAUGCUCACGGUUUGUGUGCGCAACCCCGGUAUCAAAGAUGCAGCUGAGUUGUACAGUUGACUGAGGGCUGUAACACAAUGCCCAAUAACCGUCCUACAGUAACAAUCCUUCAUGGCCAAACCAAAGGAAACUAAGUCUGUUAUCAUGCCAUGAGCGCUACUCAGCAACAGGCAGGAGGAAUAUUAUCUCAAAAAUUAAACAGAUGUAGGAGGAGGAGAGAGGCAAUAUGUUUCUUUGCAAUAUAGAAAUGGGUUCUGUAUUAGGUUUUUAAACACAAGACACAGACAUUAUGUACCUUUUGUAGCUACAUUAGUUGCUUUCAUAUACAAACAAUAUCCAUAUUCCUUAGUUUUUUGGUUAUUCUUUGUGCUGUAACACAUAGUUCAUGGUUUGAUUUGCCAAUGUUAUUUUUAAUACAGCCUUGCACAAUUGUACUCACUUCUUUGCCCACAGUGAGUAACUUUAAGAGUAAGAAAAAUGUAGGUUGUGUUGUCCCCCCCCUCCCCAUUAAUAUCCUCCAUAGUAGAAAACAACUGGUGAGUAACUUUGGGGUGUGAUAUUUUCCCAAACCCAUUUCAAUGCCAAAAUCUGCUUAAGUUUACAUCUGUAAACUAAGGCUAGGUCUAGAGAAAAAUCGAUGCAAGAUAUGCAGUCCCAGGUCUGUAGCUGGAGUUGAUGUACCUUGCAUUGAUUUUCUGGGAUGCCCAGCAGCAGGAGGUCAACGGAAGAAAUACUCCCAUUAACUUCCCUCAUCCCUCACAACAGCAAGAAGUAUCGGCGCCGACAGAGGUGCCUUCAGCGUUCAAGUCUUCACUAGACCCUCUAAAUUGAAUCCCAGAAGAUUGAUCACUAGUGCGCCAAUCCUUUGGUAGGUGGAGACAAGGCCUAACUGUACUUGACAUGAGCAACAAUAUUUAAUGUGCAUAUCUGCUAGUAGUGCAUUAAGAAUAUAGGUUAGCUGUGUACAGAAUGAGGCAUAUAUGAACAGCCAUAAUGGAGUAAACAAAAAGGCUAUCUAACACAGAAUCUGGUCUGAUAGUGGCCAAUGCCAGGUACCCCAGAGGGAAUGAACAGAACAGGUAAUAAUCAAGUGAUCCAUCCCGUUGCCAAUUUUCAGGCUCUGGCAAACAGAAUCUAGGGACACCAUCCCUGCCCAUCACAAGGGAAAGGAUAUGGUUAGCUAACAGACCAUUUCUUCCUAAGGAUCUUAUCGAUCAUUCUUCCAAUAAUUUUAAAAAUAUGAUUGAAAGAUGAGAGGCAUUUGAAAUGAUUUCAACACUGAUAAAAUUAGAGUGUCAUGUACACACUGAGGCCUUAAUUUGGUCACCUUGGGUCACAUUCAGUCACAUCUUAUUCCAUGAGAAGAUGAUUUGAAAUCAAGGGGAUUAUUUGCAUAACAAGGUCUGUCUAAUGCCCUAGUAGUAACAAUAGCAGAAGCUGGCCCUGAGUUAGGUACAGCCAAAAUAGAGCGGUCAUAAGGUUUCAUUGUAUUAGUUCACUAGGUACUGGGACCUCGCUUCACAUAAGCCAGAUCAUAGGCAUUUUAAAACAGGAAGGAGGGUACUCAGUUGAAAGCUAGAAAUGUUAGUUACAUUCACAUGUAAAUAUACUAGCAAAUGUACCCUGUGUUGCUCAGGUUCUUAAUGUAGUUAUGUGGGGAGAGGGUGGGAUUUUUUUUUGGAAAUUAAAAGGAAAAUGUACGUGCCUUGGGCUCCAGCUGCCCCUCCUUCCAGCUGGUCUGGGGAGCUACAGCUCUAGGGGCAGCCCUGACCUGCAGCUGCCUUCCCAUUUCCGCUAGCUUGGGGGUGGUAUGAGUUCCAGGGGCCAGCCCUGGCUUCCAGCUGCCCUAUGCCCUCCAACUAGUCCAAGGAGAGGGUGGGGCUCUGGGUGCCAGCCACGGCCUCCCACUGCUCCCCAACCCUCCAGAUGGUCUGAGGUCAGGGCUCUGUUGGCUAGCCCUGGUCUGAAGCUGCCCCCUCUGGCCUCCCAGUGGGCAGCCCCUGGCUUCUCUGGGAGGGACAGGUUGUGCUGCCCAGCCCUCUGUCCAGCAUUGUUUGGAGCAGCAGGGUCACUUACCCAUUCCAAUGGCCGGCAACAUGAAGCUCUUCCUGAUGUGGUUGCCCUCCCCCCCAUGGUCACUCUGCAGUAAAGGUGACCCUCCAAUCAGCUCCCUUGUUAUGGAAAAUAAGCCUAUUCCAGGCCCUUUCCAGUUUCCUGGCACAACCUUGCUUUGUUAGGAUAAGAGGAAGCUGCAUAUCAAAUUUAAUGGGUCCUAAAAUUCUUAUAAGUUAGGAGUUCUUGAACAAACAGACUCACAGACAGAUGUGCAAACUCUGUAACAUAUUUAUUAUCUAUACACAUUAAGUUAAAAUUAAAGUGCUGCCCUCUUUCCCCAGCUUGCCUAAGGUCAUGAUGCCUAAUGGCAUCGAGGGCUGCUAUUCAGCACAGGAUUCAUUUCACAGCUAAAUAACUCAACAGGCAAUGUGCAUUUUAAAUGGUUCAGCUCUUGUUUGCGUUGUACUGCUGAAUGUAAACUGCCAAGUUCAGGGCUUACAGUCAGUCUGGACACACUAGUGUGAGGCAGUCGCUCAGCCAGCAGAGACAGAAAAGGGAAGGGCGUGAACUCUUCCAUAGCCAUGAAAUGUUAAACAUGGUGGCAAGCAGAAAGUUUUUCUAUCAAUUAGCAGGCCAGUUAUUUUUUUCAUGGCUUUCCUGACUCUAGACAAAUGUGUUAUAAUCCCCUCGGUCAACUUUCACUUCAAAACCAGUAUUCAGAGCCCCAGGGCCAGUUUAGGGCAAAUAGCACUCCGGGUAAACCUGUAUUUUGGGGCACCAGCCUUCCUCUGGUAUCCUGCACUACCCACCUACUCAACACGCUCACUACCCCAGCCCCCUUCUGCCUUCCCAAAUUCCCCACAACAGGUCAACAAAACAAGGGAAAGCCCAGCAACUCAAGGAAACCAGAGGGUAGGGGUGGCCUGUGAACACCAGAAAGACAGGGGUGGAAUACAGUGGCUCACAGGGGAUUUGGGGGGGGGGAGUGUCAGCAGAGGCUCCAGAAGUGACAGGAGCCACACCCCAAUACUGAGUAUCCCUGUACCAGUGCUCCUUCCCAGUCCCAGGGAAGGUGGGAUACCGGGCAGGAUGGGGGAGUUUCAAGUGCAAAUGCUCCAGCACACAGGAGCUAGCUAGGCUGGGUGGUGCUAGUGGACAAUUCAUGCUCAAGAGUAUCUCCAAUCCCCUGCAAUGCCAUCUCCCUUUGGGCCAAGAAAGAAAAAGUGGGAGGCCCUCAGAGCUAUGGAAAUGGGGGGACAUGGAAUGGGGGGAACUACAUAGGUGGACACCCUAAGAACUAGGGGAAAUGGGACAUAGGGGGCAAAAGGAGGGGGUCUCCUUGGGGCUGAAAAGAGUGGUGAGAGACCUGGAGGCACAAGAAGACCAGGAGCAUGGAGGAAAUGGGACUGGGGUAGGCAUGGACAGGGGCUAUAAGCACAGCAAGCCCUGCAAGAUUAAAAGAAAAGGCAGAUCUCCCAAGGUUCAGCCCCAAAAUUAGGAUUAAAAGAAAUCCAAAGAGCUUUUGCACAGAUGGCUGUCUGAAAAGAUCAUCACUCUCUAGCUGCAAUUAAGCAUCUAAGUUUCCUUUUCUAAUACAGAAAUAUAGCUGUUCAAGAGGUGACUAAAUGGGCAUCUGGUACUAUUCCCAUGCCUCCAAGGCAAACAGUAAUUUUUAUCUUAAACUAUCCAGUCUUAGAUUUAAUGUAAAAAGAGGAGGCUAAAAAGUUAAAGUCCCUUUUUAAAAAAAAUGUGUUAUUAAAACCCAUGAUAAUGGAAACUUGCUCACUUCAGCUAUCUUUAAAAAUAGCUUUAGCUGUUUGGAUUACUGCGUUUGUCCUAUUUUAGUUGUUUCAUCUUAUCUGUAAUUUACAUAACCUUUAUUAACUUCUUUAAUCAAUAGCAGAGAAACUACACAAUAUACUACAACAGUAAUUCAGGUCUUUAUCUUGGACUGGUAUGAAAGGUCAGAAGCACUAUUGUGUUUUAAUGUGUUUAGGAAUGUGUCAUUCAAAAUAAUUUAAUAAAAAUAAUCGGAAUAAUUUAAAAAUAAUCCGUGUGUCUUUAGACAGGAGGAGAUUUUCAAACACUUCAUUGUAUAGCCACUGACAGUUGAUGUUUAAGUUCUAUGCCAUACAGUGAUUUGUAAGAAUGGCCCUGUGAGCUUUCCUAUUUAUUGUCUCAGUAAAUUCCACAACUAGUUUGCUCAGUUGAAAAUAAUUUUUCCCCUCCUUAAAUGCUGUCUGGGCAAACCCAGACUGUGUUCUUUCCUUCCCAUCCAUUGGCACAGAUUCUGCAGACUAAGUUUUCUUCACAUUAACACUUGUGUAACUCUAUUGCCUUCAUUGUUUUUGGUAGGUGAAUCUGGCUGGAAUAUGUCCCUUGAUAACUGACAAAAAGGAAGAGAAUUCAGUGUUCACGCUCCCUCACGGCUGCUGAGCCAACAUUACUAUUGAGUAACUGAAAAGUUACUUCAAUGACUAAAGUCCUGUAUGCAGAUGAGACUCUGCUCACCGAGAGGUGGUUUGUUCUGCAAACUGAUUCUGAAAUGUACUUUUCUGAGUAGAACCACAUUUUAAAGGCAACAGCAUGUGCUGGAAGCAGGUUCAAAUGCACAACCAAGAGCAUGUUUUCACUGCACAAGUAAUGGCAGAUUUCACUUCUCUGCUAUAACUUGGCUGGAACCCUCACAUUAGUGAUAGCAAAAGGAAAAAAUCCUUUCAGUGUGAUAGGCCUCCAACAUCCUUCCAACAAUUCCCCCUGAAAGGCACACAAGUUCUCCUGCAAUUGACAACUGACUGGGAACGAAUCAUAGAGCAUCUCAGCUUGAAGAACCAUGGGAUAUGUCCCCAAACACUGGAGCAGGGGCAGAAACAGCGAGAAUAGUCAUCAGGCAGGUGUUUGCAGUGGGAGACACUCACCACUGAGGUAAGCUAGCCCAGGUUCUAAUUACUAGAGUUAACUGUGAAGUGUCCACAUAGCCAAAGGGUCAGUUCCUACAACAGAAUCAGUGUGAGCAUACCCCUGUGCCUACCUGGAGUGCUCAAGGGAAUUCCAUGGGGGGGCUGGGAGGGAAGAGGGAAGAAGAGUGCACUCAUGUAGAUUUAGUUCCUGGAUCCUGUCCUCAGUGCUUAAACAUAGCUGCCAUUUUUUAUUUUUUUUUAAACUGGAUAAACAGUAAAAAAAAAAAAAAAAAAAAAAAGUUCCCUCAGGUCAGGAAAUGUUGAUUUAUACAAUAUCAUUUAUCAUGCGUACGUGUCUGUAACACCGACUGCAGUGGCAUUGGUAUGUGCUCCUGUCCUUCUAAAACUGAAAACAAAUACAUGAUCAGAGUAGAACACCUUACUUUACUAAUGAAUACCAUAGUAAUAAAAGUGGUGUGUGUCAAAUUUCAAGAUACCUUUACCAACAGCAGCUCCACUUAAAAUCCCUUUUUUGUUUUCUAUAAGUAUUCAAAUCACUGGUGAUGCCACUAAAAAGUAACAUUUUAACCUCCAUUGUAAAGUGCAUGUUGAACUAGAUGAACCCUCAGUCUAAUUCUAUACAUGUUAUACCACAGAUGAAUUUCCCCAUUCUUUUUACUUACGUAAGAAUGUCAGUGACUAAAUACUUUCACAAAAGGCACUGCACAAAACAGAUUCAAGACACUGGCCCAGGGAACUUCAGAGAUUUGUUUAAUAUUCAGCUUGCAUGUUUCAAAAAGGUCAAUGAAUAUUUUUACAAUUUCACUGCCAUUUUUUCUCCUUUAAGGCCAAGGCCUACAUGCACCAAGUCUAAAAGGAAGUCGUAAAGAAAAUGCCAAACCCAAUUAGCAAAAGAAAAAAACAACAACAACCCAACACCAUCACCACAGCUGACCAGUGAAUCUGACAGCACAAGCUGAAGUGACUUUAAUGCUUUAGACCAGCUUCACUGAUCAUCUUUUUGCUGAUGGGAUUAAUAAGAAGCAAACACCACACAUUCUCAAAAUCACAAACAUGUGUUUCUCUGCUCUACAAUAAGAUAUGGCCAGAGCCCAAUGGAAAGCUUGGGGGCAGUAAGGGAAUGGUGGAUCAGAAUGCCAAAGUGAGCUGGAUUGCUGGGUAAAUUCUUAUUUUGUUGUGCAUGCUAUAUGCAUUUAUAACUCUCCAUGCAUUGAAGCAGUACAAAAUCCUUUAUGACAGUGCUGAUUUAAUGUAAAUCUCUGAUCUGGUAUCCCAAGCUCCCAGGAUGCAAAAUGCUGUGUUUUUAACACCUAUAGCUCAGACAAAUUAUUCCUCUGAAAUUUGAACACUUUCACUGGCUUCCUCUUAUAUACUGCAACAAGUGCAGCCUUCUAACCCUCGCCUUCAGAGUUUUGUUUCUAGCUACAUGUCUGCUCUCUCGUCCCCUUUGCUAUCGUGUUCUACCAACACGUUCUACAGCAUCACUCCCUCGCCUCUGUGUUGUCUUCCAUGCUGCUUGCUAUGCCUGAAAUGAUAUUCCUGAUCCAAAGUGCUAGGUGCCAGCUCCUCUCCCUCAUUCAAAUCCCUCCUUAAAGUUCACCUCAUUCCCAAAGCCCAUUAGUGCUAACAUCUAACAAUCACCUUAAAAACACAGUCCUCAAAACAAAAGCCAUCCCCCUGCACACUUUGGACACGAUUUGUGUUUUUGUCUGUUUAAGCUCUCAAGCUAUUUCUUUAUUAGGUAUUAUAUUUAUAGAUUCCUGGAUGAACCUUGCCUAUAUUGGGGAAAAAACCCAUGUUAAAUAUGCUAGUUAGAGAACAUUAAAUGAUUUUGUCCUUUGAGUGAACAAAACUAGUCAUAUUUAAAAACAAACCAGCACACAUGUGCACACUCUCUCUCUCUACCACACACUUUGAAUUUAAGUGAGCCAAUUCGAUUAAGCAAAAAACCAUUAUGAGCCCAAUCAGCUGGGAAGAAAGAUUUCAUCAUAAAAAUGUGAAUUAAAAAUUAAGAACACUUUACUCAACAUUCAUAAACUAUAAUUGCACAUUUGAGGAAGAUGGCCAUACUUGCUAAACAUGCCUGGGUUAGAGGGGAAAUGAAGAUAUUGUUUUACAGUCAAAUCUUCCUGUGCCACUCCCAGAGCUUGACAUCUGGGAAACCGCUACUCCAGUUGCUCAAAGAGAUCUGGUGGUCUGGAAAGGCAAAUCUGUCUACUCCUUUUGUGCAGUUCCUCUGCAAAAAAGACACCUCAGAGCUUCAGCCAAACAUAUGUUCAUUAAGUCACACAAUACUACUAAUGACUUUUGAUACAGUUAGCACAUAUCUCUACUCUUUCUACUAGGAGUUUCAUUCUGGGUGCUUAUACAUCAUCAAUGAUUCCCAAGCUUAUAAAAUCAUGACUGGUGUGGAAAAAGUGAAUAAGGAAAAGUUAUUAUUCCCAGAAUAUAAG